AUGAUAAGUAGAUUUGGAAGAAUCGUAUAUUCUGUUGCCACCCCAUUUCAUCCAUUUGGUGGGGCUGUUGACAUAAUAGUUGUUCAACAACAAGAUGGAUCUUUCAGAACCACCCCUUGGUAUGUUAGGUUUGGAAAAUUUCAAGGUGUUCUUAAAGGGGCAGAAAAGAUUGUUAAAAUAGAAGUUAAUGGGGUAGAAGCCGAUUUUCAUAUGUAUCUUGAUAAUUCAGGCGAAGCUUAUUUUAUCAAAGAAGUUAACCCUGAAAAAGAUACAAGUGUUAACAAUUCCAACGGUUCAUUAGAGUCUAAAGAAGAUGUUUUUGAAGACAACGAUAAUCAAGACAAUAAAAUCGAUGUACAAUUUCAUGAUCAUGCAGAUAUUACAGAAUCUGAUAGUGAAAAAAGAUUUUAUGAGUUGCAAGAUGAUGAAUCAUCACCUCUAGAUGAGUUGUAUGAUAAUUCAGAGUCAGAGAGUCAGAGUUCUGAAGUGGUUUUGUUGUGUAGAGAUGGUCAAAUUUUGUCUGCUCCUAUAACAUCAAUGGAGGAAAACACAGAGAAUGUGCAACUAAGUACACCUCAAUUUCAUUUGGGACCAGUUGAAGGACCUGAAUUUGAUGGUGAUUUGGAUUUGAGUAAUGACUCUACGUGGGCCCAUUAUUUAAGUGAUUUCAACAGACCUAUAGAUAGCAAUAUCUCCAAGGUCAAUGAUGCUCAAUAUGUAGUGAAUUUAGAGCGUGAAGUAUCGAUAAAAAGUGUUGUUGUUGAAGAUCAUGUGCCAAGUGAUGGAAAGAAAGAUGACAUCUUUAAGAGCUGUAUAGCACUAGAUGAUUUGGUAAAGCAAGAAGAUGGUGGUGAUUCUAAAGUGGUUGUUGAAGAAAAUUCGACAAACCUUGAAUCUUCAACUUUAGAGGUAGAAACUGAGGGUACAGAGGUAAAUUCACUCGAUACAGAAGAGAAACUUUCUGAUGUUGCAGUUGUUAGUGAUCAAGAUCAGCAGGGAUCCAUUGGUGUGAUUAGGGAACCUGAAGGGGUUGAAAGAUCUGAAAUCGAAUCUCCAGGGGUGAAUUCAAAUUCACUGCAAAAGGAACAGAAACUUUCUGAUGUUGCAAUUGUUGGUGAUAAAGAUCAGCAGGGACCAUUUGGUGUAAUUAGUGAACCUGAAGGGGUUGAAAGAACUGAAACCAAUUCUACAGGGGUGAAUUUGUUGGACAUGGAAGAGAAUCUUUCUGAUGUUGCAAUUGUUAGUGAUAAAAAUCAGGAAGAAUCUGAAAUGAUUGAAGAUAAAAGAGAUGAAACCGAGGAGCCUCAACCAUAUUAUGAUGAUAAUGAAAAUUUUGAAGGCCCGAAACAAACGAGAAUAGAAUUAUCUCUAUGUGGGAAUUUGCUUCGUCCAGGAAUGGGAUUGAGUACAGCUGCAGCAACCUUCAAUGCCCAUCGAAUACCCUCAGAGGAAUUUCAAAAUUCUGCCACAUCAAUUAUUAAAAACGACAGUUUAAUAGUAAAAAUCGAUGACAAAUACUUCACAUGGGAAAAAGCUGCUCACAUUGUUCUUGGAAUGGCUGCAUACGGAUUAGAAAUGCCUGUUGACCCCAAUGAUUCCAUUCCGGUGGAGGAUUCCGGUCUACCUUCGACUCCAUCCCGUAGAUGGCGGCUUUGGCCCAUUCCAUUCCGGAGGGUGAAAACACUCGACCAUAAUGCUAGUAAUCUUUCCGGUGAAGAUGUGUUUCUUGAUUCCGAAUCCGUGUUUGAUUCCCCUACUAGUCAACCAGUGGAAAUGACUCCAACAUCUUCAAAGUCUCCUCAGAAACAGUUUGCUAGAACACAGGUUCCCACUACUGAGCAAAUAUCAUCUUUGAAUUUAAAAGAUGGCCAAAAUAUGGUGUCCUUUAUUUUUUCAACUAGGGUUUUAGGAGUUCAAAAAGUUGAUGCUCAUAUUUACUUAUGGAAGUGGAAUGCAAGGAUUGUGAUAUCGGAUGUUGAUGGGACAAUUACAAAGUCUGAUGUUCUUGGUCAAUUUAUGCCAUUAGUUGGGAAGGAUUGGACUCAAUCUGGGGUAGCUCGAUUGUUUUCUGCUAUAAAGGAGAAUGGAUAUCAAUUGUUGUUUCUAAGUGCUCGUGCAAUUGUUCAAGCGUAUUUGACCAGAAGUUUUCUCCUUAAUCUAAAGCAGGAUGGUAAAGCCUUACCCAAUGGUCCGGUUGUUAUUUCACCCGAUGGUUUGUUUCCAUCCUUGUUUCGUGAAGUUAUUAGAAGAGCUCCUCAUGAAUUCAAGAUCGCCUGCUUAGAAGAUAUCAAAGCUCUGUUUCCAUCCGACUACAACCCAUUCUAUGCAGGGUUCGGUAACAGAGAUACUGAUGAACUCAGUUACAGGAAAAUAGGAAUUCCAAAGGGAAAAAUCUUCAUAAUCAACCCCAAGGGUGAGGUGGCGAUUAGUCAUCGUAUGGACAUGAAGGGGAAGUCUUACACAUCUUUGCACACAUUAGUCAACGACAUGUUCCCCCCAACAUCCAUGAUUGAACAGGAAGAUUUUAAUUCAUGGAAUUACUGGAGAGUACCAUUGCCAGAUGUCGAGUAGCCAUGCCAUGAUACCCUUUUGUUUGCUAUUCUAGUUUU